AUGGCCAUGGUGCAGCCGGUGGACAUGGCCGUCAAGGCCAACGAGAUCUUGGCGCGGUUCCGGCCCAUCGCGCCCAAGCCCGUACUGCCGCCGCCGCCGGCGGCGGCGCCAGUGGCUGGUGAUGGUGCCGCGGUGAUGGCCACGAACCGCGUGCUUUGCCAGCUGCAGAGCCGGCCGUGCCGGGCGAGGAAGCGGGGGCGCCCGAGCGUAGUGCCACCGGUGUCCCCUCCGUCGGCGGCGGCGGUCAAGAGGAAGAGGGCGCCGGCGUACCCGGUCCCGGUGGCGCCGCUCCGGUGCGCGGCGGCAACCGACGCGGUGGUGGCCACGGCGACGAGGGCGCAGGUGUCGGUGGUUGUCCCGUGCAGUGCGUUGGCGCCAGUGUCGCCGGUGAGCGCGAGUGCCGGUGAUCCGACGAGGCUCUCGCCGGCGGUGGUGGAGGUGGAGGGCGACGACGAGGAGAGGGGCGUCCUCGUGGAGCGCGACCUGCUGCGGAAGCUGCUGGAGCCGAAGGUCAUCUCGCCGCGGGCUGUGCGCCCCGUGGGCUCCACCAUCCACGUCGAGUCCGUCCACAUCGACGCCGGCCGCACCGCCGCCCCGAAGACGGCGCAGGAGGUGGAGGCGGAGCUGGAGUCGGACGCACUCCCGGCGGUCGUCUCGGACUCCAGCAACCGCGUCCGGCUGGUGAACGACGCGUACAAGCGAAUGGUGGGGCAGCCCGAGUGCCCCUGGCUCGACGCCGUGGCCACCGCCGCGUCCAGGAGGAUCAGCGGGGAGGUGGCGCUGGUGGUGUCCGAGCCGGCGGCGCCGCUGCCGGAGACAUGCAUGGGGUUCUCGUGCUCGGCCAAGAUCGCGUGGGAGCGCGACGGCAAGUGGUCAUCCGUCCAUGCACCGUGCGACGCCACCCGGCUGCAGUGCGAGUCGAGAGACUACGUCUUCGCCUGGAGGUUUCGCACCGCCGACGACCCAUGUCCCACCCUCCGCCGCGCCGGCGACGCGUGAAGUGCGUGAUGAUUCAAGCCGGGGCAUAUGUUAGUGAAACCAAGUGCAUAGUGUAACCGUGUAAGGUGCAUGUUAGCUUAAACCAGAUCGGCUUCCUCUUUUGCGAAGCUUAUAGGAUGCAGUGUUCAAAAGUAUAUAUAUGAUGUUGACCGGAGAAUGCAAGGGGAAAUUGUAACUUUUGCUUAAGUGAAAUUUGUUGU